UUUAAUACACAUUUAUAAUACUUUAUUGUACAAAUUAAAUUUGUGAUAUUGGUAGUAAUGUAAGACUACAGAGACAACAGGUCGCAACCUGUUGAUGCGAAUUCAAAAUUCAAUGCAGAAAAUAAGAAUAGCACAAAUAAAAUGUAUUGUCUACUUAUAAUUGGAAUUGCAAUAUACUAUUGUAAAAUUUAAUAUAUUAUUAUUGCAACAUUAAAGCUCACAUUCAUAAUCAAAUUGGGUACUGGCAACAGAGGAAAUGUGGCGGGAUUGUAAGGUAUAAAUUAGUAAAUUAAUUUAAUAAUCUGAAAACACAUUUCUACUUUAGAUGCAUAAUAACAGAAAUUUAAAGGUAUUAUAUGAUGUCAGUUGUCUAGGUAAGUAUUUGUGAAUAUAUUUUCCUUUAUUCCCUGACUUUGUCAAUAAUUUACAGGAGUGCCGCCAUAAAAUAAUACUCUUAUGUCAUCUACCAGCAAAAUGCUAAAUUAUAAUUAUGAUAAAUAUGUAUAUCAUCUACUAUACCAACUGAGUGUGACACUAUAUCAUAGUGCUUUUAAUGGUAAGAUAGUAAAACAUUUAUUACCAUCAACUAUCUUUCACUUUAAUAAGAAUAUGAAAAUACAGAAAUUAAUUAAAACGAUAAUGAGAAAUUGCAUUCGUAAGGAUGUGCGGAUGAAGAUGCGGAUAGUGAAUUUCUCAGUUAGAAAACUUUAAAGUUUAGGAAUUUGAUAUUUAAUUAUAGUAAGAUACCUGCAGAGUAGUUGAAGUAUUGUUAACCGUUUCCGGAUAUAAUAAAUUUCUAAUCGACGUGACGUCGUUUCAGAGUCUACCAAGUUUACAUGCUAGCUUUGCGUUUUUGUUGGUCGCCCCAAUGAAUACUCAAUCGAGUGUAAGGGAUAUCUCUAAUGACGUUUUCCACUUGGAAGAGUUCCUCGUUUUUUCAAAAACACUUUUGGGUAUCGAUGGAAAAACUUCAUGUUUAUAUUAGCACGCCAUUCUUCGUUUAAAAUUAUCUGACUAAGAAAAAAAUUAUCCUUACAAGCUUCUGUUCUUUCAGAUACAUCGGGAGAUGAAAAUUACUUGUAAAUGCAUAUAUUUUGAACGUUGCUAUUGGUCUUAAUAUUGCAUAAGUACUUUUAUUACUGUUCAGUAAUAUCUUUGUUAAUUUCUUCAUUUAAAGUUAGAUGUUUAAUAAUUUAUACGUCAUCUGUAAACUCCAGAAGUUGAUUUCAGAAACUGAAGAGAGAAAAUAGCACAAUAAAUAGAAAGAAACAAUUUAAAAGUAAUUUCAAACUUUCUCAAUCAUCAGUUAAUUUACCAAUAUAGCGCAACUGUCAUUCGAGCGGAAGCGAAAAACCAUCCACUUUAUCGUUGUACGCGCUUUUACUGCAUUUUCAAUCGAGUUAACCCGACGAAGGGUGCUGGAAUAUAAUUAUAAUGCACAAGUAAAUAUGUAUACUUCGGGCACAACAAUAAGUCAACCUUGGUGAGAGCAUGCGCGAUAUUGGCUUUUCUCAGGAAUCAGCGUGGUGAGUUCAUCGUGGAUGAAUUUUGCAGAACUUGUUGUGCUCCCAUUGUGUCGGCUUCGGCUAAGUGAUUAAAUGAAAAUAACAAAACAAGUGCAAUCAAAUUAUUGAUAACAAUAGAUAUCUUUAAUUGCCAAAUUCUUAAUGUAAUUUUUAAUAUUUCGAGUGUCUUUAAAAUAAAUAAUUUUCGUCAUGCUAACAGGAAUACUUAAAGGAACGCUCUUAUGUUGCGGGGGUGAAAAUUCUACCUGGAACGUUAUAAUCGACACGAACAAAAAUGUUCUUCACGAAUCCACGUCCUUGUUGAGGAUUAUUCAUAGAAUAAUGAUUCCAACGAUCGUGACCACCGGCAUUUUUGGCAAUCUUUUAAUUCUCCUGGUGUUAUCGACACCGCAGUUCCGAGGAAUCGCGUAUUUGUACCUUAAGGGACUCGCAUUAGCGCAUAUCGGUGUUCUCACAUCUUGGAUACCCAUUUUUGUUCGACUAGGAUACGGUAUGAAGAAUAAUUACCCGUCUGUUUUUUACCAUGCAUAUUUGGAAUUAGUGGCUGUGAACACCUUCGCUAUAUCUAGCAUCUUAAUUAUGACCUGCUUAAUCGUCGAUCGAUAUAUUUUUAUUUUCUUCCCUGCGCGUAUCCGCAGCAGAAAUGCACGUAAAAGUGUCCGCUCUUUCGUCUUGUGUUCCUUCAUUGUGGGAUUUGCGGCGAGUGCACCGUUAACUGGUAUGAGAACAGUGUACGAGUUACAAGAGAAUACCGGUACUCUUUUCACGUUACGCGAAAACAUUUCCGUCACCCAGCAUACGCUAUGGAUCGCUUACAUUUGGAUCAUGGAGAUCACGCUACGUCUUGGUCCGACGAUCAUUCUUUUUCUGCUGAACAGUUUCGUGGUGAAGAGAUUUUUACAUCUGAAUGCUAAGAAGAAAGAAUUUCAGUCGGUCUCUGAGAAGUUUCGUACUGCGAAUGUUCCGGAGACAUCCUUGUUAAGCCGCAAUCGGGGGUAUAGGGAAGAACAACAUUUAGCUACGCUAAUGUCAGUGAUGGCGGUAUGCUUUAUACUGACGAUGAUACCAUCCAUACUACUCCCAUUUUUAUAUCAUAAUUAUGACAUUGCGGACGUUGGUUAUCUCUUGUUUAGAACGUUCGCUGCAGUUACUGAACUUUGCAACUUUGCUGUCCAUAUUGUUAUAUACUUUCUAUGUAGUAAGGAAUUUCGGGAAGAGUUUUUGAAACUUCUUCAGAAUAGAUGCAAGAAGAGGGUGGUUGAAGAAGAGUUUGAACGACCAGUAGGAGAGAUUGAAGAUUACAGUCGACAUGGUACAACGGUUCGAUUAACACCUGAACAGACGAAAUUAAAUUCUCCCGGUUCUGCAAGUAAAUUAAAUGCUAUGGAGGAAGAUAAAGAGUCUGAAGUAUUAAAUGCUUCUGAUAUUAUUUAAACAGAUUACUUUACUGUGAAUAAAAU